GCUGCCUGGGGUGAGAACUGUCUUGGUCAGGAUGGUUGCCACUAGCACCUUAAACAGUAAAAACUCUGUCUGUAUCUCGGCGCUGAUACAGCAAAGUUUUCAGCAUGCAGCCUUAACGGACUUUGACUACUGGGAUUAUGUUGUGCCAGAACCCAACUUUAAUGAGAUGGUGUUCGAGGAACGGACGUGUCAGAGCCUAGUUAGGAUGCUGGAAAGCUGCCUGUCGAAGUCAAAGGCCAAGCUGCACUGCUCCAAGGUCCUGGUCCCUGAGAAACUCACCAGGAGGAUAGCGCAGGACAUCUUGCGCCUCUCUUCCACUGAGCCAUGCGGCUUGCGAGGCUGCAUUAUCCACAUCAACUUGGAAACCGGAAAUAUAUGUAAAAAGCUGGAUAAAAUUGUCUAUGACCCUACCGUUGUUCCUACUUUUGAACUGACGCUAGUGUUCAAGCAGGACAGCGGUUCUUGGCCUAGCUUCAGGGAUUUCUUUCCCAGAGCUUGCUUUACAGGUGGCAGCAAACGCACACUCAUCCUGAGUCCUGGCUUUCGGUUAAUUAAGAAAAAAUUGUACUCCUUGAUAGGGACCGUUGUCGAAGAAUGCUAGGAACAUCUCUU